AUGAUUCCAACCGCUCGAUGCCUGGCUGCUAAGCCAGCCGGAUUUAUGAAGCGCAGCGCAGAGGAGCUCAGUCGUCUGUCCAGGAUAGCGUGGAACAGCGAGACCCUCUCGACCCCGACUAAACCUUAUGUGCUCCUCGACUUCGAAGACGAGUCGAGCGUUGCCUCCUGCAAGACCAUGGCCGACCGCGCAGUGGGAGGGUUCAGUACAGCCAGUCUUGACUACGUGCCCGGAGAUCCCUCCACGAACACUCCGUCUCACGCGAGAUUUCACGGGAGCAUCUCCACCAAGCUCCCCAAUAACUGGCGGGUGCAGAGGACUGGUACGCUAUGGCGGGGACUAACCGCGGAUGGGAAAUAUACAGGAUACGCUGCCUUUCGCAACCAAGACCGUGGGUUCUGGAUGUUUGGUCGGCUUUUCUGGGACGUAGACCCCUACAACUACCUUGCGCUGCGUGUCAAGUCGGACGGUCGUCGCUAUACUGUGAACAUCCAGACAGAUUCGAUUGUGGAGACAGAUAUCCACCAGCACAGAUUGUACACACGGCACCACCGUGUCUUCGAUUCCCCUUCUACUGUUUCUUCUCCGGAUGAAUCUACCCCCAUGGAUGACAUGGAUGAACUCGAGAUGGAGACUCUCUACCCGCAAGGUAUUCCCGCAGCUCUCUCAGACAUGCCGACUCCGUCGACCGUCAUGUCUUCGGCCAGCGCUACCACAUCCGGAUUGCCAGGCUGGGAGACAAUCUUGCUCCCGUUCAAUUCCUUUGUUCGCACGAAUCAUGGCAUGGUGAUGGAGCCACAGACAAAUCUUCUUCGUCACAGGAUAAAGAGUGUCGGUAUCGGCUUGACUGAUCGUGUGGAAGGCCCGUACGAUCUCCGGAUCCAUCGUAUUUGGGCGACAAACGGGAUGAGCGAGGGAGAGAUUGAGGAGGAGAGGCGCAUCUGCGGUUCGGACGCGCUGCCGGUUGAUGAGGGGGUGAGAACCGGCUGGACGGGUGACAGUCCUCAGAAUGAAAAAGCGCAAGAAACACGAGGCAAAAAACCCAAGGGUCUGAAGGGACUUAGGGACGAGUGGAAUCAGUGA